AUGAUUUCACCGACCAAUAGCAUCAUUCAAGUACGUUUUCGUUGCAUACCUUUUCGCGAAAUGUUCUUAUUGGUCCAUUUAACAACUAAAAUUAUAUUUCAGAAAUGGGUGAGGUUCUACCGUGCUACUGCCUUACGUGUUGCAAUAUACACCAAUAACGGAAUAGAGCAACAAAAUAACUGGCUGAAGUCAUCUUAUCUUGAGAGAAAAAGAAACAGCACCAUAGCAGAACUGGUGGAUGUCUUGCUCACACAAUUUCUUCCUGAUAGUUGUUACAACAAGUAAGACAUUUUCAGUAAUGUACUCUAUAGUAUACAAUGUACUGUAUUUUCCCCAGUGAUUUAUCAUCUGUGUAGCAGACUGCACAACCUAUUUGUUUACCUGCAUAAAUUGCAUUUAAAUCUUUGUUUAUCCACUGUUCACAGAUACAUUAAUAUUCGGUCAUCAGAAAUGUACAGGAAGUAUGACAGCAAAGUUCCAGAGUUUUUGCAUAACCGUCCAAACGGAAUUGUUAGACAUAUCAUCAAAAGAAUGUAUCCAGAGUAUCCAAGCAGUUAUGUUCAAAAUUGUGGACACAAGCUAUUCAUGGUGAAUAGUGAAACAUCUGAUGCAAGAUACCAAGUGUGGCUUGGCUCAGAUAUCCAACUUCCAAGCUGUCAAUGUGUCGAUUACAAGAUAAACAGGCUCCCUUGUAAACAUAUUUGUGCAGUGGUCAAUCUCCCAGAUGUUGGAUGGCAGUCUCUUGGGGCAAGUUUCCAUAACUACCCACUUUUUAAAUUGGAUUCCACUGUGGUAACAUACACUUCAUCUGCUCAGUCAUCAACUAUCCAAAACAACGCCACUAAAGAGAAUGAUGCCAGCAAAGACGAUGAUGCUAGCAAAGGAGAUGAUGACAAUGAUGAUGCUCUUGCUGACCAAGCAGAAAACAUCAAUACAGCAACAUCACCAGAAAAACUACAAAAGAAAAAUGAUGUUCAAUACAAAGGACUGGAAGCAAGGACUUGA